GCUCCUGCUGUCAUAGCAUGGACUACAUGCAACAGGCACUAUACAACCAUGGCGCUGACAACUGCCACAUUAGGCUCAAGUUUGUGAACUUUGAGACCCAUGACAACCACAUUUCCCAUGAAACCCAGGGGCUAAGCGACAAGCACCUGGUGGUGCGUCGAGGGAAACCUUUCAAACUCACUCUGCUGUUCCACGGCCGGAUGUGGAAUCCCUGCACUGAUAGGCUGGUCCUGGAGGUUUGUUUAGGCAGUCUGUCAGAGAGGAUCCCAGUUCUGUUUGGUGGAGAGUGGUCUGGCCCCCAAGGGUGGUCAGCCAUGAUCUACCCUGAGAAGAGGCAUCCUCAGUCAGUCACAAUCCACAUCUGCUCCCCUGUUCUGUCCUCAGUGGCUUUGUAUGACCUCCUGGUCCACAUAGAGGCCACACAGCACAGAAGAAGUUACUCUGUCGGAAGGUUUGUGCUGCUCUGUAACCCUUGGUUGAAAGAUGAUCCAGUGUACAUGCCGUUGGAUGUCCAUAUAGAAGAGUACAUCAAGAGUGAUUAUGGACUGGUUUACAUGGGCACUUAUGCAAAUAUUAGUAAGCGACCGUGGUCAUUUGGUCAGUAUGAGCCUGGAGUCCUGGAAGCAUGUUUGACACUCCUGCAGAUGAGCCCUCAGCAUAUAAACAACAGCCACAAGGACUACAUGUUACGAGCAGAUCCUGUUUAUCUAAGCAGAGUUAUCUGUGCAAUGGUGAACCAAAAUGAUGAUCUAGGUAUUCUGGAGGGGAGGUGGCAAGGCAGCUACAAAGAUGGCGUGAAGCCAACAGAUUGGAGCGGUAGUGCUGACAUCCUCCAACAGUGGAUUUCUUCCAAGUGUAGGCCUGUGCACUAUGGACAGUGCUGGGUGUUUGCAUCCGUGCUCUGCACAGUGAUGAGAGUCUUGGGAAUUCCAUCCAGAGUGGUGACAAUUUUCAAUGCAGCCCAUGACAGUGAUGGCAACACCACAAUUGAGGAGUAUUACACAAGCACAGGGGAGAAGCUCAACCUAACACAGGACAGCAUUUGGAACUUCCACGUGUGGGUGGAGUGCUGGAUGAGGAGAUCAGACCUCGGUGCAGAGUUUGAUGGCUGGCAAGUAGUGGACCCAACACCCCAGGAGAGGAGUGCAGGAGUAUUCCGCUGUGGCCCUUGCCCAGUAGCAGCCAUCCAGCGACACUGCUUCAGUGCACCGUACGACACCCCGUUCCUCUAUGCUGCUGUUGAUGCUGAUGUCAUUCAACUGAUUGUGAAAAAUGGACUGGUUGUGGGUAGAGCAGUGCACACUGAGCAAGUUGGACAGCUGAUUUGCACCAAAAGCAUUGGCUCAGAUAGGCCAGAGAAUCUGACAUUGACUUACAAGGGCAUAAAAAGACUGCAAGCCUGCUCUGUGAGGAAACAGAGGAGUAACAAACUGUUCUCACUGGAACGACGUGAAGCCUUUUCAACACAUGGGCUGCCAUCCUUUGACUUGUCCCGUGGAGCAGAAUUUGGAGCAGGAGGAGCGGUGCACUGUUUGGAGGUGUCCCUACACACAGAAGGAGUGCCAAUACUGGGUGAGAGCAUCAGAAUGUGUGUGACAGUCACAAACCAGUCAAGCAGCCCCAGAGCUCUGGUGGAGCAUGUCAAUGCUCAGCUGAAAGAGUACAACAGAAAUCCACAGGAGAGCUUCUGGAAAAUUCACCAAGAGAUGCACAUCCAGCCAUGGGAAGUGUUGACUCUCCACCAUAUCAUUACUUACUCUGAGUACGAGUUCAUCCUGGCAGGUGAUGGCAUGGUGAAUGUGGCAGUGGUGAUAAAGGACACGAGGACUGGAGAAAGAGUCCUGGCUGCACAAGAGUUCAGCAUAAGCACCCCACUUAUAACCAUAGAGAUCAAAGGAGGGGACAGCAUCCAGGUGAAGAAGGAGCAAAGUGUCCAGGUGACUUUUACCAACCAGCUUAAUAAAACUCUGAUGAGCGCUGUUCUGACUGUGGAGGGAUUUGGCUUGAUGCAGGAAAAACAGGAGGCCAGGCUGGGUCUCCUGCAGCCAGGCAAAAAGAUAGAGAAGAAGGUGUCCAUCAUGGCCACCUCACCUGGCACUAAACUGCUGGUGGCUACUUUGUCUCACAGCAACAGCUCCGUCAUUGUUUCCAGGAGCUACCAGAAAGUCUCCAUCACAGCUGAAAGAGGAUGAAGAGUCCAUCAUCUCAGAAGCUAUUUGUCCACCCUGUAGUUUCUGUUCAGUAAUGAAAGACAAGACAUAUUGCCGACUGUGUGCACAUUUGAAACAAAUUGCCUAUAAAAAAAAUACAUAACAACAUUUCCUUUCUUACGGUAAAUUGUAUUUUUCAUUUCUUAAAUGUAUAGAUUUAUCAAUUUACUUACAGUAAGACUUUAAAAAGUUACAUUAUAACACGUACAAAUAUAACUCGAAAGGAGUUUAACAAGUAGACAUUCCCACCAUGCAGCGACCCGAAGCAAAGAACAUACACUUGUCUUGGACUUCCAGCUUGUCUGGUUAGUGGAGCGAUUCCUUGGUUUUGUCUUUACUGACAAAGAAUAAAAAUCAGAAGCUUGUUCUGUCAAAGUUGAGAGACAAGAAGAAAAAAGUAAGCAGGGAAAGCUGAGGUAUCAUUAUCUGUUGCUCAUCGCACAGAUAAAGAUAAAAAAGAUUAUAUAUAAGUAUGUAUAUAUAUGUAUAUAUAUAUACAUACAUACAGCUAUUUCACAAAUAUAUUACAGUUAUCGGUGGUGACAUUUUAUUUAACAUUAAUCCAGUUUUAAUUCUACAGAAAAGAGCAAUAAGAAUCAUUAGUCGAAGCAGAUAAAGAGAUCCAUCCCGUGCAUUAUUUAUUAAGCUACAACUAUUGAAAUUAGGUGUUGACAUCAGCAUUUUGAAGCUAACGUAUGAAGCUCAUAGGAAAUGUUUGCCGAGCAUUAUACAAAAAAGAUUUGAAAAAAAGACAAAUUCAUAAUUUAAAAGGAUAUGAGAUAAUAAAAAAAACAAGAUUCAGAAAUACAGUGCUGGAGUGAUGUGUUUCAAAGUACAGAGUCAUUUUAUGGAACAAUCUGGAUAAAGAAACUAAAUCAAUUACUGUGUUUAAAAAGAUUGUUAAGACUCUAUGAUAAGAAAAUAUAAUGAAUGAGGUUAAUUUGUUGUGUUCUGUUUUGUUCUGUGGAUAAUAAAUAAAGUGUAAAAUGUAAAGUAUCUGUUAGAAAACAGCAGUAUGUUGGCCUGCAGCUGUUUUGGUUAAAUUCUAUUAGUGAAAUAAAUGUGACUUAUUGUUAGUUUCAUUAUUUCGUGUGAGAGGGGCAGAUUAUAUGAGAUUUUCUUCUUCCUGCUCUUUUUCAUUCAAGUGUUUGAAAAUUUUGUUGCUUUGAUUGUUUAUGUUUUUGUUAAAAAUUAACUAAAUUAAAAAAAAUAAAUGAAAAUAAAUAAAUAAAUAAAUAAAUGUGAUGAGGCCAUGUCUUUUCCCCACUUUUAAAACCUCUGAUUUCACAGACCACUUGUAUUGGGCCUUUAAAAGGAGCUAGUUUUCCUUCCCUACACAGCAAAGUGAAUAGCAGGGAUGUAUGCAGACAAGGUCCGGCUAGCAGGCAUUUUGACCCUUCUGCACCUUCUAUCAAUGUAGGGCUUCAUGUGCUUCUGACUUAAUUCAUUAAUCUUGAUGUAACUGAUGUCACACUGUUCCCUGUUUCAUAAAUAACUGAUAAACUGAUAAAUAUCUGAUCAAACCACAAAUAAAAUUGCCCAAGAAGACUGACCCUACAUCUAAUUUCAUAAUUCACAUUUAAGAUUGAUGGAUUUUUCUUUUUACAUUCAUGACUGCACCGAGUUUCAUUGUUGUAUUGCUGUAAUACAAUAUCACCACUAG